AUGUCUUCCAGAGCGUUCAUGGAAGAGCUUUGCAACAAUGCGGGCGGGUACAGCAGGUUUCUUCAAAGCUUGGCUCUCCACCACCUUUGCUGGUGGGUCGCCAUCACAGUCGUCCCUGCAGUUUUCCUUGAUCAUCACAGGUGCGAGGCGAAUAUGCCUUACUGGGCCUGGGCUCUGUAUGGUGCAACGGUUCUGGCAAUGCUGACGAUGGCCAUCCUGAUGGAGCUGGCCAUGCUCCAGCGGCUCGGACUCCUGCAGGCCAGCGAGUUGUGGUCAUUCUGGCAGGCACGGCGGUGGUGGCUGCCAUUGGCUUCUACAGUGCUGUGGAAGUUGGACAGCUACACCGAUGUGGCUUUCGUCAUCAUUGCGCGUGACUGUGGUUCGUCGCUCUGGUGGGCAUCUCUGGCUACCAUCAUCUUUGGCGUGGUGUUUUGCCAGAUGAUCUUCAAUACGUGCUUCGCAUGCUCGGACUGCGAUGGGGAGCUGCCAGCUUCCUUUGGGUUCGUGCUGCUCGAUUUCAAGCUAAUCAACACCGCCAUUCGCGCGGUGGUGCCCUUUGACCCGGAUGCUUCUGAUCUUCCAGUGGCAAAGCCAGUGACGCUCAGAUCAUCUGGGAACCUGGUCAGUCUGGAGAAAGCCAUCGGGGACAUCGCCCAGGUUUGCAUACAAUCGCUGUUCCUGAUGAGUGCCUCGGCCCCGCACGGCUUCGUGAUGUUCAGUGUGGCAGUCGGAGCAGCAAACUGCUGCUUGCUCAUUGUGGCGGUCGUUCAGAAUGCCGUCUCGGAGGAGUGGGCAGUGCAGGCCCAAGACCUUCAGCAGGGGACCGUGUUGGCGAAAGGUGCAGAGGAACCGUCAGACUUGGAGGAGGGGUCUCCUGGCCAGAUGCCGCCCAUGGAAGAGAUGCCGUCAG